AUGGAAGGGGAAGAGGGUGUAGAGGGGAAUAAAUGGUUUACUUGCGUCCUGAAAGACAGUGUUACAGAAACGCUGCCGAGGAUAGACAUGACAGGAGCCAUUUCUGGACAUUCUCUCAAGCAAUGCCCACACCACAUAAGUGCCUGUGACACAGAAGUUUAUGAGGGCCUGGACACGGAGGGCGUGAACUAUGAUAGCUCUGUCACCAAGGAUGCGGAGGAGUGCCAGGGCAGAUGCGCAGAUGACAUCUGCUGUCACUUUGUCUCCUAGGCAAGGCAGUUUCCUAGCCCAGAGCACAGGUGA